CAGUUGAGUUUAGCGUGUCGCCUGCGUUUGAGAAACACUUUGCCAUGCAGACAUCAACGGAUACGGGCGAAGAUCAACCAGCAGAAAUUCAAUGUUGGCCUCAAGUGAAUGUGAAGUGCCUCAAGGAAAUAAAACAAUGGCUCAUCGCGCAACCACAUCUACCGGCACUAGAAGAUCACGACAUAGCACUAUUUCUUCAUGCCAACUACAAUAACCAACAAGCCACCCAGACAACGAUCGAAAAUUAUUGUACCUCGAGGACAAACUAUCGCGACUUUUUCGCCGAUCGAGAUGUUUUCAGCGAUCCCGUGCAAACGGCGUUAGCCAUCAUGAUGGUUGCUAUAUUACCAGGUGAAACGAAAGAAGGUUAUAAAAUGGUAUAUAGUCGCCUGCGGACAACGGAUACGACGCACUUCAAUCAUCCGCAAAUACUAAAAACCAUGACGAUGUGCAUGGAUUUGUGGGUGAAGCUCGAAGGCAACGCCAAUGGUCUCAUAAUGUUAUCAGACAUGCAAGGAAUGCAUACGGGACACAUUACAAAGUUCAGCAUGGGAGCAGUAAAAAAACAAAGUUUCUAUUUUCAGGAAGCUCUUCCGAUUCGUCUGAAGCAAAUUCACUUCAUCAAUGUGAGCCCGCUUAUAAACCGUCUAAUGUUUCUUGUGAGGCCCUUCCUGCGCAAAGAUGUACAAGAAAUGAUAAAUAUGCACAUGACUACCGACACUCUGCACAGUGCCAUCCCCCUGGAGAGCCUACCCAACGAAUACGGGGGAAAGGCUGGCACGUUUGAGGAUAUGGAUAAAUCGUUCAAAGAAAAAUUGUACGCGCAUCGUGACUGGUUUAAGGAAACGGAGAACAAGUAUUUGGUGGACGAAUCAAAACGUGAACACACACCGAAGCGGUUCAUGUUUGGUCUAUUUGGAUGAAAUCCUUUUGAAGGACCUUUUAAUUAACAAUUGGUUGGAAUAACACAUAAAAAGAUAAAGUUUAUUUGCCAGUCAAUUUGGUCAUGUUGCAUUUUAAAUUCAAAAUAAGCGGAAAAAAGAAACUAAAAAAGUUUCAAAC